CGGAACAUUUUAACAGAUGGACAACAUGGAUGUGGAUACACAUAUAUUUCGAUUUUCCUAGUUCGUUGACUAAAAUUUUAGCACUGUGUCAUAUCUCCGUCUUAUAUUAGACUAGAAAUUGAAAUAUGUACUUUACAUUAUAUACUUAACGAUCAACUAAAAGCUAUUUUAACGCGAAAUGGCUGAUUUGAACAGUAAAACGUCGUCUCCUGGUGAUAACGUCACACCCUGCGACGGAGACAACGUGGAAGAUGAAGUCAACAAACAAGACUUUUUAAGCCUUGCGGAAGAUAAAAAUGGAGGAGAGCAAAGUUUGGUGUCUGCUUUUAAGCAAAUUAAGCUGGAGAAAGAAGCGCAGAAGAAUUGGGACUUGUUCUACAAAAGGAAUACUACCAAUUUUUUCAAGGAUAGACACUGGACUAGCAGGGAGUUCGAGGAGCUCAAGACGUGUAGACAGUGUGAGUCGCAGAGGUUGGUACUGCUUGAGGCUGGAUGCGGCGUCGGGAAUUGCAUCUUCCCCCUCCUGGAGGACGAGCGCGACAUCUUUGUCUACGCCUGCGACUUCUCACCCAGAGCUGUCGACUUUGUCAAAAAAAAUCCCCUUUGUUCUCCCGAGCGCUGCGCCGUCUUCCAGUGCGACCUGACCCGCGACGACUUGCGAGACAACAUUCCCGAGGGUAGCGUUGACGUCGCCACACUAAUUUUCGUGCUGUCCGCCAUCCAUCCCGACAAGAUGGCGCUGGCCGUGCGUAAUAUCCACAGGGCGCUGAAAACUGGCGGCGCUGUUCUCUUCCGAGACUACGGCGUUCAUGAUCAUGCGAUGCGGAGGUUCAAAGCUAGCAGCAAAUUGGCAGAAAAUUUCUACGUAAGACAGGACGGGACCAGAUCCUACUUCUUUUCCAAAGACUUUCUGGCGGCGCUAUUCUCUGAGGCGGGCUUCCGCUGCGUCGCCAACGAAUACGUACGGCGGGAGACUGUCAACAAAAAAGAAGGACUUUGCGUUCCCAGAGUUUUCUUGCAAAGCAAGUUUAUCAAACUACAAUCAUAAAGUCACCGUUUUGCUUGAUAUUUACUGUGAUAUAAAUAAAGUUGUUGUUUUUUUUUUAGAAGGGAUGACAUUACAUAAUGACAUAUUGAGAUCUAAAAGUACAGUUCCAAAAAAAAAACCUUGUUUUUGUUGAAUGACAAGUGCCCUACAGUCAUCCUGAGGAAGCCGACAGGAAGUGAAAGCUUUGCAAAAGGUCAUGUGACCAGUCCUGCCUGAGGCUUUUACUUUGCGGUUACAUAACUUCCACAAUUUCGCUGACUGUCGUGACAACGUCACCUUUAAAACGACUGAAGUCACGACACAAAUGUGCAGUGAAUUAUGAACACAAAAAUCACAGGUAGUAGGGUUGCAACUAUCGAUUAUUUACAUAAUCGAUUAAUCAGCCGAUUACCUAAACGAUUAAUCGGAUACAUAUUACCAAUUACCCUGAGGUUGUUUUAAGCAUGUUGAAAGUAACAAUGAAAACAAAAUGGGUGACUUUUUUUCCUUCAAAAAUAAUAUUUUUAUUACAUCUUCCUGACUUGACUGUAGUUUACAUUAUCUUAUUUGUUUGGCAACUAAUUUAUUUAUCAAUACCAGUGCAAUAUAUCAGAGAAAGCAAUUACAAAUGCUUUGGUAGUAAUAUUUUCAUUUACUUUGCUUGGAAUGAAAAAAAACAAAAGAGAAUGAAAAAAAAAUCAUUAUUUUACACAAAACUCCAAAAAUGGGCUGGACAAAAGUACUGGUACCCUCAGCCUAAUACUUUGUAGCACAACCUUUAGACAAUAUACAGUGGGGCAAAUAAGUAUUUAGUCAACCACUAAUUGUGCAAGUUAUCCCACUUGAAAAUAUUAGAGAGGCCUGUAAUUGUCAACAUGGGUAAACUUGAACCAUGAGAGACAGACUGUGGAGAAAAAAAAAAAAAACAGAAAAUCACAUUGUGUGAUUUUCAAAGAAUUUAUUUGCAAAUCAUGGUGGAAAAUAAGUAUUUGGUCAAUACCAAAAGUUCAUCUCAAUACUUUGUUAUGUACCCUUUUUGUUGGCAAUAACGGAGGCCAACCGUUUUCUGUAACUCUUCACAAGGUUUUCUCACACUGUUUCUGCCAUUUUGGCCCAUUCCUCCAUGCAGAUCUCCUCUAGAGCAGUGAUGUUUUGGGGCUGUUGUUAAGCAACACAGACUUUCAACUCCCUUCACAGAUUUUCCAUGGGGUUGAGAUCUGGAGACUGGCUAGGCCACUCCAGGACCUUGAAAUGCUUCUUACGAAGCCACUCCUCUGUUGCCCUGGCUGUGUGUUUGGGAUCAUUGUCAUGCUGAAAGACCCAGCCACGUCUGAUCUUCAAUGCCCUUGCUGAUGGAAGGAGAUUUUCACUCAAAAUCUCUCGAUAUAUGGCCCUAUUCAUUCUUUCCUUUACACAGAUCAGUCGUCCUGGUCCCAUUGCAGAAAAACAGCCCCAAAGCAUGAUGGUCCCCCACCCCCCCCCCAUGCUUCACAGUGGGUAUGGUGUUCUUCGGAUGCACUUCAGUAUUCUUUCUACGCCAAACAAGAGAACCUGUGUUUCUAUCAAAAAAAUCUAUUUUGGUUUCAUCUGACCCUAACACAUUCUCCCAGUCCUCUUCUGGAUCAUCCAAAUGCUCUCUAGCGAACCACAGACGGGCCUGGACGUGUACUUUCUUCAGCAGGGGGACACGUCUGGCAAUGCAGGAUUUGAGUCCCCGGCGGCGCAUUGUGUUACUGAUCGUAGCCUUUAUUACUGUGGUCCCAGCUCUCUGUAGGUCAUUCACUAGUUCCCCCCGUGUGGUUCUGGGAUUUUUGCUCACCGUUCUUGUUAUCAUUUUGACGCCACGGGGUGAGAUCUCGCAUGGAGCUCCAGAUCGAGGGAGAUUAUCAGUGGUCUUGUAUUAUAUGUAGUGGUCUUCCUUUUUCUAAUUAUUGCUCCCACAGUCGAUUUCUUUACACCAAGCGUUUUACCUAUUGCAGAUUCAGUUUUCCCAGCCUGGUGCAGGUCUACAAUUUUGUCUGUGGUGUCCUUGGACAGCUCUUUGGUCUUGGCCAUAGUGGAGUUUGGAGUGUGACUGACUAUUGGUGUGCAAAAUUUCCGAUUCUUAGAUUAUUCGCGAUUCGGCCGUGGAAGAUUCGAGAACGAUUCACAAACAUCCAAAUUCUGAUUAUUGAAAUAUGCCAAGUAAAGCGGAAGUACACAACACUCAGCGCGCCGUGCGGUCUUCGGGACGGAACGGAGCGAGAGUAGCUAAACAUCAUGCUUCCCAUUACCCGGCCCCUCGGGUAAUGCCAAUGCUCAACUCACGGCUCUAGCUCAACUCAUGCAACGAGAUAAAAAAACACAACAACAUACCUGACUGCUGCCGAAAAUCUGCUCCAAAGUACAUCCAUAUGUUACGGUGGAUAUCAUUUAUAUAGGACUAGAUGCAAUAUAGAUUUGGUAGUGUUAGCAGCACAUCUACAAAAAGCUAGAUGCGGGCGUUAUAAACGGCCUCCAUCUUAGAGCAGUACACUUCGCUGCAAGGCUGUUGUAGCGAACCUUCCAAGCAAACCUAAUUAACUUUUUAUCUAAAAUACUCCUAAAUCGGUAAAAUAUUGACUUGAAUCUAUCUUUAAAAUAGUUUUAAAACUUUCACAUGUCGAAAGUAGACAAAAGAGAAAUUCUGGAAUAACGGGAGCAAUUUUAACAAAUUUAAUGGUUGAUUCACAACAUUAAAUUAAUUGAAUGUAGUUUAAAGCUGCUGAUACAGAAUGGGGACUGGAGUUUUUUAUUCAAUGUUAUUUUUGUAUAUUUGUUUACUGCUAUAUGUUAACUUGAUACUGAAAUAGUAGUGUGGUUUAGCGUGAGAGUAGUUUUGAACAAUUUUGGAACUAAUGUACAAAACAUUAAAAAAAAAAAAAAAAAAAAAAAAGGAGGGGGGGUGCAUCAAUAAUCGUUUUAUAAUCGAAUCGUAAUCAUAAUCGAAUCGUUAGGUGCCCAAAGAUUCCCAGCUCUAUGACUGACUGAGGUUGUGGACAGGUGUGUUUUAUACCGAUAAUGAGUUAAAAACAGGUGCCAUUAAUACCGGUUACGAGUGGAGCCUCGUUAGAAGAAGUUAGACCUCUUUGACAGCCAGAAAUCUUUCUUGAAAGAAAGGAAUAUUAACUUACGUUUGAUCAUGGAAGGACAUGGAAGGAAAAGUUCUCCUCAGAUACAUCCUGCCAUGUAAGCUGCACACAACAACUGCACGCCGCUCUCACCAUUAACAACUUCGCCUUGUCGUUAAACAUUAAGAAGCCCGCUUCACAAAGAUACCAUGUUGGAAAUUGUAGCAAGGUUUUCAAUGCUCUCGUAGCGAUGUCAGGAUAUUCCAGAAUGACUUUGAUCCAGAACCUCGGUAGAGUUGUUGUCUCAAAUGUACGUUUAUUAAGGUCGCCGUCAUUUGCGAUCUCUACAAGUUGAUCUUCCUGUUGCACAGACAUGCUCGGUUUAUUCACAAACGGGUCACGAAUCCACUCCUUCGCAGUUCGUGGGUCUUCGAGGUUGUAGGCUCGUCAGGUGCCCUUUUCGCCGUAAAAAUAUUUCCAAAGACGUCUGUUUUCCAGUCAUCUUCGCUUGUGUGGGGGCUAAUUAUUUCCGGGAACAAAUGUGCUGCGCCCGCGGCCUUGCAAUACGUUAUUAUCGAGGAC